UUGGCCUGCGGCCGGGAGGCGGGACCUGAGCGCGCCGCUACAGCCAGCUGCGAUUGGCCUCGGCUCCGGGCCCGCGGCAGGCGUGCGGGCGAGGCUCGGGGCGCGAGGACCGAGCCGGGUGGCCGGUCCGCGAGCCGGGGGGAGGGGCCGGGGUGGUGGUGGUGGCAGCGGCGGAGGAGGCGGUGGCGGCGGGGGCCGGUACUGGACCCGGCGGGAUGAGCGAGGCGGAGGCGGCAGUGGUGGCGACAGCGGCCCCCGCGGCGACGGUGCCCGCGACGGCGGCAGGGGUGGUAGCGGUGGUAGUACCCGUGCCCGCGGGAGAGCCGCAGAAAGCAGGCGGCGGGUCGGGCGGCGGGGGCGGAGCCGCCUCUGGCCCCGCUGCUGGGACCCCCUCAGUGCCCGGCCCUCGCACCCCUGGCAACCCGGCGACGGCGGCUUCGGGGACUCCCGCGCCCCCGGUCCGGAGUCAGGCGGACAAGCCGGUGCUGGCAAUCCAAGUCCUGGGCACUGUCAAAUGGUUCAACGUCCGGAAUGGUUACGGAUUCAUCAACAGGAAUGACACCAAGGAGGAUGUCUUUGUUCACCAGACAGCUAUUAAAAGAAACAACCCCAGGAAGUUUCUGCGGAGUGUUGGAGAUGGGGAGACCGUGGAGUUUGAUGUCGUGGAAGGAGAGAAGGGUGCAGAAGCUGCCAAUGUAACUGGGCCUGGGGGGGUACCAGUGAAGGGCAGCCGCUAUGCCCCCAAUCGACGUAGGUUCCGCAGAUUCAUCCCCCGGCCUCGCCCGGCUGCCCCACCACCCAUGGUGGCAGAGGCUCCCUCUGGUGGAACUGAACCUGGCAGUGAAGGGGAGCGGGCAGAGGACUCAGGGCAGCGACCUAGACGACGGCGCCCGCCACCCUUCUUCUAUCGAAGGCGGUUUGUGCGAGGCCCUCGGCCCCCUAACCAGCAGCAGCCCAUAGAGGGCUCCGAUGGGGUAGAACCCAAGGAGACAGCCCCAUUGGAGGGGGACCAACAGCAGGGAGAUGAACGGGUGCCCCCACCCAGAUUCCGGCCCAGGUACCGAAGGCCUUUCCGCCCUAGGCCACCCCAACAGCCUACCACAGAAGGUGGGGAUGGCGAGACUAAGCCUAGUCAAGGCCCCACUGAUGGCUCUCGGCCUGAGCCCCAGCGUCCACGAAACCGCCCCUACUUCCAGCGGCGUCGGCAGCAGCCCCCUGGCCCCCGGCAGCCUAUAGCCGCAGAGACCUCAGCACCUAUCAACAGUGGGGACCCCCCCACCACCAUACUGGAGUGAUUCCACCUCGGGACACCCAGAGUUUCCAUCUGGUAUCUGCCCAUUUCCAACUGACUACCCAGCAUCCCCCUCCCCCCUUUCCCAUAAUUCAUGACAUCAAAACAUCAGCUUUUCCCUUGAGACUCAGGAGGGCCAAAGCAACAGCCUUUGGCUUUUUCUCUUUUCCCUCUCCCCUCCCAAGGGUUGCAGGAAGGGAUCCGUCCUUACCGUUCAGAGGCACCACCUUCCUCCCUAAGUCAGGCUGAGAAGGACCAGCCGGCUCUUCACCUCCUCCUGCUUGUUUUUCUUUCCCACCCAUUUAUUUUUUGUUUCCCUUCGACCUCCUCCCAACACCUCUGAAGCCAUUUUAUGAACUGUCACGUGCCACCUGAGCCUCCAGUAAAAACAAAAGCAGGCUUUCUUGGUGUCUCGGUCUCUGCCUCUUUUCUGUUGGAGAUGAGAAAUCAUCGGUGACUCACUUCUGGACCACGCAUGGGGUUAAGAUGCGCUCGGACAAUUCAGUUCUGACAAGAACUCUCAUCACUGAGAAUCACACUUGGGUCCGUUAGCUGAUGGGGAGAUCUCUACAGUGCCUGGGCGCUUGUCAGUGUAGUUUAUAAAACAUUUACUGUGAAUUAAAGCAAUGGAGACAGAGUGAGGAGCCAGAUGUACCCAACACUCAGGAAGCUGAGUCAGGAGGGUUCCUAAUUCCAGGCCAUCCUGGGCCGCAUAGACUCUUGUCAGUGUUUUUAAAAAGUGGGGAUUCAGGCCUGUAACCCCAGGACUCCAGGAGGCUGAGGCAAGAGGCUGACUACACGCACAAGGCCAGCCUGGCUGUAUAGUAAGACCUUUUUUGCUUCUGGUCAGUUUGAGACAGGGUCUUACUGUGUAGCCCUGGCUGUUCUGGAACUUACUCUGUAGACCAGGCUGGCCUUGAACUCAGAGAGCUGCCAGCCUCUGCCUCCUCAGUGCUGGAAUUAAAGGCGUGCGCCACCACCACCCAUCAAGACCCUAUUUUUUUUUUAAUGGGGUAAUA